GAUACUGACUAAAAUAGGUGCGUGUCAGCUGACAGCUGUGUGAUGCUAGCACGUUAGCUUUGGAGUUAGCAAGCAGAUACUGCACUAAUUUAUCGUUUGCUCUUUAAUAGUUUGACCAGUUGUGGCAUUUUUUCCUUGACACGAACUUUGAGUAUGCGACCGACGGGAAGAGGCUUAUCAUGACACAAACUGUCAAACGUCUUUUUUAUAGAAUUAGCGAGCUAGCAGCUAGGAAGCUAAUCUUCCUUGCAACCGUAGGUAAUUUAGCUGUGACAGAAGGUUAGCUAGCCAGCGGGCGUUUUCAUGGAGAGCUUUAAAGUGCUAGCUAAGCUUUCAAGGUUGGUCGUAAGAGUAAGUUAUGUGAACAGACUGUAGACCAGCGGCUUCUGCUAAGGUAAAUGUUGAUUAAAUGGCAAAAACUGAGCAUGGCAUUGGGUUUGACUUGCGGGCCAGCACAGAGAAGCUGACAGAUAAGGUGAAAGGCAGCUCAUAUGGAUCCGACCCGGAGUUAAACGGGAAUGCAAUCCCGGGGGAGAAACAGGUGGACAAGUACGGAUUCACAGGAGGACCCCAGCAGCACGUCGGAGACUCCGCUGAAGUAAUUCCCAUUGAGGUGCUGAGGCAGCGGGAGGCAAAAUGGCUGGAGAUGCUCAACAGCUGGGACAAGUGGAUGGCCAAAAAACACAAGAAGGUGAAAGAGCGCUGUCAGAAGGGGAUCCCUCCAUCCCUGCGUGGCCGGGCUUGGCUCUACCUCACUGGGGGCAAAGUGAGAAGGGAACAAAACCGGGCCAAAUUCCAGGAACUUGACAGUCAGCAAGGAGAUCCUAAAUGGGUAGAUAUUAUUGAGAGGGACCUCCAUCGACAGUUCCCCUUCCAUGAAAUGUUUGCGGCAAGAGGAGGCCACGGGCAGCAGGACCUGUUCCGCGUGUUGAAGGCUUAUACUCUGCAUCGUCCUGAAGAGGGUUAUUGUCAGGCUCAGGCUCCCAUCGCUGCUGUGCUCCUGAUGCAUAUGCCAGCAGAGGAUGCAUUCUGGGUUCUCGUCCAGAUUUGUGAGAAAUACCUCCCUGGAUACUACAGUACAGGCCUGGAGGCGAUCCAGCUGGACGGGGAGAUCCUUUACGCUCUGCUGCGGCGGGUGUCUCCUGUGGCCCACCGUCACCUGAAGAAGCACAAGCUGGAGCCCAUCUUGUACAUGACCGAGUGGUUCAUGUGUGCCUUCUCUCGGACUCUGCCAUGGGCCUCAGUGCUGCGUGUCUGGGACAUGUUCCUUUGUGAGGGAGUAAAGAUCCUCUUCAGAGUGGGCCUUGUUCUCCUGAAGUGCAUGCUGGGAUCCCAAGAGAAAGUGAAGGCCUGUAAUGGUCUCUAUGAAACAAUGGAGCUGCUUCGAGCUAUACAGCCACAGUACAUGCAAGAAGGCUUCCUGGUGCACGAGAUUAUUGAGUUACUGGUGACUGAGAAAGACAUUGAGAAGGAGCACCAUGCUCAGCUGCGGCGCUGGAAGGAGACUCAUGGAGAGCUACAUUGCAAGUCACCUCCCAGGUUGCACGGUGCCAAGGCCAUCAUGGCUGCCGAGCCGCCCAGCCGUCAGGACCUGAGACAGAGGCCCACCAUCAUUGUGGAGUCUCCUCUGGCACCCAAGACAGACGGAGUGAGAGCGGAGGAUGCCAAGGAAAGUAGAAAGACUAAAGAGGAAAAACAGGAGAAAACAAUCCUACCGCCGCAGGAGACCAUUAAUCCUUACCUUCCAUCCAGUGACCCCUCACCUCUCCUCAAACACAUGACCGUGCAAGGGUCUAAAGAGAGUCUGAGCAGUGCAGAGCAUGACACUUACCUGUAGAAGGGUGUCACCAGUUUACACACAUAAAUCAUUCCAUACUACUUUUACUAACUCACUCAUCACAGUUUUCGGCCUCACAUGACAAACAUGACAUUUGUAUACAAUCGCUGUGAUGCUCAAUACAUUUUCAGUGUCAUUCCAUUUGUCCAGGUUGUUUACUAAACUUUUAACUAAUUAGCACAGUCAUGGAAAUUUAGCAUAAAAGUAUAGUACAUUUUAAUGGAACUCAGAAAUGUGUAAUUUCCAGGGAGCAACAGCAGAUGGCAACAAUGUGCCCCCUGCACACUUCUCCGUGAGCCUGUGGGAGUAUGGAGCCGUUAGCUUCGUAUGACUGAACAUGUGGGGAUAUACACUCACUAACUCACUGUUAACAGCUACUGCUGCUAUUUACCUCUGAAAAGCAGUGCUCUGAUUCUUUGUUUAGUUAAAAAUAGAAGCCUGAUUUUGUCUUAAUGGAUGAGGUGUCUUCUCGAGCACUUUGCCUUCAUAGUCUUCCUCCUUGCCUGCAUUCGUCACUGUGUUGCCAACGCAGAGAUUCGUAGUUAUCCUGCUUGCUAGACAAAGUCAUUCACACUAAUUUACUGAAACACCGUCUGUCAGCGUCUCUGUUUAGCUGUUUAGCAUGGUCUCGUGAACAGUGACGAGUUUGUCUUUGCUGUUGAUGAACACUUGAUGGCGUCCUGAGAUUAUCCCUCAGCCUCAGCAGUGACCAGCAGAAGUCUUGUGAGAUUAUAAACUGACACAAGAUGUGUGAGUCUCAAAUGAAGGAAAAAGUGUGCAGGGAAAUGUAUUGCCACUAAGCCAAAGAUUUUUAAUACAUGUUUUUAAGAUAUAUGUUGUUCAAGCAGUUUAUUCAAUCAUAUUGUGAUACAGUAUUUGAUUGUUGUCAGUUUGGGAGAGCAUUAGUGCAUUAUUUAUGUUGUGAAUGAGAUAUGGUAAGAUCCUAUUUGAAGAACGCUAAUACAAAGCUGUUUUUUAUUUUUACAAUCAUCCUUAAAGUUCUGUAGGUCCUUUUGACCAAUUGGUGUCUAAUUUUACUAUAAAAGAAAAAGACAACAUUGGGAGAUUUUUCUUUUUGUUAUCUGCAACCAUACAAUCAGAAUAAGUAAGUUUUCCCCCAUUUCAUUUUCCAUCUCAAACCAGUAAAUCCCUCUGAAACGCGCUGAAGCACCUGGUGUUGUCUCUGUUGACAAUACAGCUUUCAAUUAUCUUUUUAAAAAAUGAAGCAAUACAAAAAGAGCAGUUCUUUUCUAAUGGCAAAAUAAUUUAAACACUAGGUCUCUGUUAUGUGUUAAUUCACGACAUGACAAAAAAAAAAAAAAAACAUUUGAGCAACAAAAGAUAUUAACCAUAAACCUUUGAUAAUGACCGAACAGUAUGUGUCUGAGAUGUUUCAAUGAAGAAAUUGCCUGAAAAACUCUUAAUCACUCCACACUCCAGGUCCAGGAAACUCCUUUAUAAGGGGCUGCAUGUUUGACUGUACAUCAGAUUAUUUGCUGUUGAGGUCUUUAUAGUGGAAUAUGGUUGUGGGUUUGUGUUGAGUUAACACACUCUGGAGAUUUGUUUUUAAGUAUAUGAUACAGGUUUUUUUCUGUUUAUUGGGAAGCACUGUUUACCUGCCAUGUCCUCUGAAGCUGUUAAUAGUAAGAUUCUCAACAAUUUCUGUAGCAAGAACACAGAUCACAUUUAACCAACAUGCAGUUCAUCGGUUGAGUCUCUACCUGGUGCUUUAUCCUGUCAUGUAGGUGUUGCCACGAAGCCUCAUCCAGGGAUUCAAAUGAAUAGAUUCGGUCAUUCUGAAGGAUACGGGAUAUACAGGAUGUGGUUAUCCAUCUCAAACUUUUAAGUUGAUUUUUAUAAAAGGGUUUACUUUAAAUAUCCAUGCAAAAAAUAUAAACUGCACUCCAGUAGGAUGGUGAGAUGCUCCUUAUUACUAAUCAUUGCCACUAUUAUGAUUAAAGAGAACAUUGAUUAAGCCUGGUUGUAAAUCUGCAACUGGCUGUUUUCAUCAGUAUAUAUUUCUGAUCUGUGUGCUGAUUUGAUUUGAAAUCAACUUGUCUCAUGUCUACAAGCUGUUUUAUACCAAAUUACACUGAAAUCAAUAAACUCUGAAACCUUU